AUGAGCCGCGCUAGCAGCAGCAGCGGUAGCGGCAGCGGCGGGUCCUGGAGGGCGGGCUCCGCCACCGCCUCCCGGCUCAUAGAUGUGACUAGCAACGCGGCGCUGCUGCCCUACGCCGCGGCGGCUGUACCCCUAGCGCCCGAGGUCCAAGAUCAGUUCACUGGAACUGACAGACAAAUGGAAGAAGGAGAGACUGUAUCUGUUACUUGUAAUGUUACAAGAAACAAAGGAAGAACAGAGUUACAGAAGGGAGCUUAUGAUCAUCUUCUUUCGGACAUCCCUGUCACUCGAGAACAGAUAAGUCGCUAUCGGGCUGCAGCUGAAACCACACGUAGUGAACUUGCAGCACUUCUUGUGAAGUAUGAAUGCACCCAGUCAGAGCUUCUUGAACUCAGGUCUAAAAUGGCCUCUAAGGAGGCAUCAUUCCAAGAGUUGAAAGCUGAAGUGGAAAGCUACAAAGAAAACAAUGCUCGACAAUCAUCUCUUCUCAUAUCUCUGCAAAACCGAGUUCAGGAGGCAGAGGAGGAAUCAAAUAUGCUUGCCACUUCCAAAAAACAGACUGAUUUAACAGCACAGGCAGUGUUCCAGGAGAACUGGGAGCUGAAGGAGAAGAUCCGUGAUCAAGAAAUCAAACUUAACAAAUAUAUAGAUGAAUGUGAAGAAAGCAAGAAUCAAGUUUCUGAGAUCAGCAGGAAGAAUGGUGAAUUCUUAGCACAUCUUUCUGGGGUUUUGGACAUAGACAUCAGAGGAAAAGAAGAACCACAGGAACUUUUGAUUUCCAAGCUCACUGAGAUGCAUAAAGAAAAUAAAAUGUUAAAAGGGCAGAUUACUACUCUCAAAGAAGCUAUCAGUGUUCAUGAGAUGGAGUCAAAAGCUAGCAGAGAAACCAUCAUGAGGCUUGUUUCAGAAGUGAGCAAAGAGCAGAAAAAGGCAGCAGCCUACUUGCAAGACAUGGACAAGCUUAACAAGGAUCUGGACAGUGCUAAAACAGCCAAAGAGAGUUUAGAGAUGGAGAUCGGCAUCCUCCAAGAUAAGCUUGCUGCCAGCCAGGAGGCAUGGGAAGCCUCAAAGCAGGAACUUCACCACUUGAAGAGAUGUUCUAAUGAACUGGAUGGGAGUUUGAAGAACAGUAUGCAAGAGGCAAGAACUGCCCAAAGCAGGCUGAGUGCUUUUAAAGAGCAAAUAGCUGUUCUUCUCCACAGCAGUUCUGUAACAGUUAAAUCCUCUGAGGAGGCCAUCUUGGAGAGGAUUCGAGCAAUGAGCCACAGUGUGGAGAGCAAAAAGACAAUGAUGUCCCAGUUUGAAGCCCAAAUAGCUAAGCUGACUGAACAGUUGGAGAUUCAAACCAGGUCAUACCAGGAUGCUCUGCAAGGGGCCAGGAAAGCAGAAAAACAAGUUGAAAGUCUCCAGGAUCAAUUGAGGCAUCUGGAAGGAGAAUUGGUGUCUGGAGAUGUGGAGAGAGAUGGUUUGAAAACUGAGAAACAAAAAUACCUGAAAUUUCUGGAACAACUUUCUGAUAAAAUGAAGUUGGACAGAAUAGCAGCUGAAAUUGGUUUUGACAUGAGACUUGAUGCAAUUCUUGUUCGGGCAGAGCAGUUGGUCAAGCUGGAAGGUGAUGCAGUAAUUGAAAACAAGACCAUGGCACACAACCUACAGAGAAAGUUGAGGACUCAGAAAGAAAAGCUUGAGAGCAAAGAGCUGCACAUGAAUCUUCUGCGGCAGAAAAUCUCUCAGCUGGAAGAAGAGAAACAAGUGCAAACAGCCCUGGCUGUGGAGAGAGAUGAGGCCAACCUCACUAUUAGAAAGUUGCAUAAGAAGGUGGAGAGGUUACAGAAGGAGCUGGACUUGGCAAGAGAAGCUAAUACUGACCUGAAAGCCAAAUUGUCUGAAACCAGUGAACUUAAGAUUAAAACCCUUGAACAGAACAGAACCAUAGAGGAGCUAAAUAAGUCCCAAGGAAAGCUGGGAAAGAUGAAAGAGAAGGCUGAGAAGCAGCUGAUCGCUGUCAAAUCAGAACUACAUUUAAUGGAGCAUGAAGCUAAGGAGGGUAAAGAAAGAGCCAGAAAUAUGCUAGAAGCAACAAACAGUGAAGUGAAGGCACUUAAAACAACCUUGGAAGAGGUAACAAAGAGAGAGAAACAGUUGACAGAUUUUCGGGAGGUGGUCUCACGGAUGCUGGGACUCAGUAUUACCAACCUUGCUCUCCCUGACUACGAGAUCAUCACAUGUCUUGAGGGGUUGAUCCACUCACAUCAACACCAUUUUGUUCCCUGUGUCUGCCUCAAAGAUGCAUCUGUGAGGCAAGAUGGACGCUCACCAAAUCAUUUACAGUUUCUACACUGAACAACACCUUUUAAAUUCAUCUGGUUCUUAUUCCUCUUCAACAGGCAUGUGAUUGAUAAGUCAGUUCUGGAUGACUGGAGGAAAUAGUCCAACAUCAUUGCUCUCUAAACGUAUGAAGUGAAAUUCUGGUCACUGGGGAACAAAAUGGGAGUUCUGACAUUGGUUUCACCUACAGUAAUGACUAUGAAACCAACUACAGAAAAUUCUGUCCUAACUUGAACUUCUUUUACUGAAGUAUUUUUAUAAGGACUAUUACACGUCAUUCUUCCUCUUGUUACAGUGGUUAGAUUUGUGAAUUUACAGGGGUUCAUGGGACUCAGAACACAUCACCGUACAU